AUGCCAGUGUCAAAGCAAAUCGUAGACGAUGUGCUAAAGGCGAUCCCCUCCCGCAUCCGCGGUCCAGGCGGUGCCAUCGCCGUCCUCUCAGAAGGCGCCCUCAUCGACCAUCGCGUCUGGGGCUACGCCGACUUCAACCGUCGCAUCCCCAUGACUCCCGAGACGCAAAUUCCCAUCUGUUCCAUUUCGAAGCAGAUGCUAUGCGCGCUGGUCGUAGAUCUGGAGCGCAAUCCGACUGAGAAGCUAAAGGCGGGAGGUGAUGUGAGGGAGCAGUUUCAGACCAAGCUGGAGGAGAUUUUACCAGAGUUGGCUAAGACGGGAAAGUUGAGGCUUGAUGAUCUUUGCAACAAUCGAUCUGGUAUUCGUGAUUACUGGGCCAUCACGUUGCUUUGGGGUGCCAAGCCGGAGGAUCCUUAUUCUUUGGCUGAGCAUAAUGGUCCGAUGCUUGAGAGUCUCAAGUCUUUUCACUUUGAGCCUGGUACCGAGUAUUCUUACUCCAACACUAACUACAACAUCGUAGCGCGGGUUCUCGAGGCUACGACCGGAGAGUCACUUUCAUCGCUGCUCAAUGAGAGAAUCUUUGCGCCUGCGGGGAUGAAGACUGCAGCGCUAUGGCCAGACUCGGCGAAACUGCCUGCGCCGAUUGUUGGGUAUGAAGGAGAUGAGCAGCGAGGGUAUAUUCCCGCCGACAACCGCAUUGAAUGGGCCGGAGACGCUGGUAUUAUUGCUUCGCUGACGGAUAUGAUCGCUUACGAAUCCUUUUUGGAUCGUGCCUUGUUUGAUCCUGAGAGCUGGUACCGCAAGAUCUUCCAGCCUUCUACCUUUAGUGAUGGUGUACCUUCGACUUAUGCACAAGGCCUGGCGCAUACCGAUAUUGGAAGCCUAGGAGCUAUCGGACAUGGAGGUGCUCUGCGUGGCUACAGGCUGUACCGAGCUCACGUACCAGAGGAAAGACUGUCUGUUGUGGUCAUGUUCAACCACGAGGCCGAUGCUGCGACGCUAUCAGAGUUCAUUAUGAAGAGCAUCCUGGGUCUUCAAAAGCCACCUGCACCAGCUCUGGUUGAAGCGUCUCCUUCUUGGGCUGGUAUCUAUCUCGAUGAGGGUACUCAGCUGGCCAUUACUGUAACCCUCGGCCAAAAAGGUCAUGUCCAGGUUGUAUACGCCAACUACGUCGAACCCGUCAAACUGACCGAUCCCGAACGCGGCGAGUCUAAGGGUAUGGCGGCCGUAAUUGACGGUGACAUACUCCGCAUCCAACGCCUAAAGGAGAACAGAACCAUCACUGCCAGGCGUCUCAAGGUUGAUACCGUUGCCAUCGACAGCUCUGCAUUCGAAGGCGACUUCUACUCUCCAGAGAUCAACUCAACUUUCCACUGCGUCAACCAAGGGGGCCUCGUGUUUGGCACUUUUGAUGGAUUCUUGGGUGAGAGUCCGGCUCAGUUCAUGAGAUAUCUGGGUGAUGAUGUGUGGGCGCUUGCGAACCCGAGAGGUAUGGAUGCGAAGCCGCCUGGUGACUGGACAUUGGUGUUCCGACGGGACGAGAAGGGUGCUGUUGUUGGAGUGACGAUUGGAUGCUGGCUUGCGAGGAAGAUUGAGUAUGUGAGGAAGUAA